AAGUUUCUCGAGUUGCUUCCUUAUCGUGUUUUUUACUCAUUUUUUAUUGAUGUAGAAAUUUAAUGCAGUGAAAAAGGGGAGAAGGAAAGCAAAACAUAUACAAAGUUCUUUGUCGAUAAGUAAAUUUACAUAAAAACUAGUGAUGUAUAGCCGCUAAAAAGCUUUAGAAAAGUUUCAUAUGAGUGAAUGUGGAUCGAUUUUACACAAAAAAAGUCUUGCUUACUCCUUUCUGAAUGUGCAAUUUUCGUGCUCAUUAUGUGAAGGAAAUGAAAAAUAAAUAAAAAAAUAACAAUUUUAAUUGAAAAUUCAAGCACAUAUAGGACUCUGUAUACUACCGCAGCAUAAAAGAAAAUUAAUUCAUACCAUAAUAGAGGUUUCAGUGCUCCUUAAAAAUCAAUGAUUUUUCAUAAAUGACAUAAAUUUUAGUGCUUACGAAAGACAUUUCAGUGUAAAGUCGUGUACAGCAACAAGAAGUGAAUCAAUUUAUUGAUAAUUACUUAAAAGCUGAUGAAUGAAGCCAUACGAAAAAGUUAUGAAAUGUGUAAUCUAAUCUAAUCUAUUCACAGCUAAAAUUGCUCCAAUUUCCGAAAAAAAUAUAUAUAAAGGCGCAAUAAGGAGGAAACGUCUCUGAUUGCCAAUUUUCUCAUAAUAGUAAAGACAAUACGGAGCAAAUGAAUUUUCUGUGUUUGGCUGGUGGCUACAGGGAAUAAAUAAGGAUUUCACCCGUGGUGAAAUAAAUUGUAACCAUUUGUGUAGCCUUAAGCUUUGAUUUUUCCCCUGCGCGUAACUGUUCAUUGCGUGCUGUGAAACAAUAAACCAAAAUAAGGAAAGAAUUAUUUAUGUAAAUUGGAUUUUUUUCUGUGUUAAAAAAGGCUGUCUAGUGGUGAAAACCUUUAUUUAGAAAUGCUGCUCUCAAACAUACCAAAUGGAACUUUUGGUCGAUGGUGUUUCGGUCUUAUCAUAUUAACACAUUUAAUCGCAUAUAAUGAAACUAGAAGUCUGUUUAUACUUGUUGCUGCGGGAUUUGCAAUGUUAAGUUCAUUAUUAAUGGUUUACAGCAAGCAUGGACUAAAUCAAAUUCAAAUUCCGUAUUUAAGAGCAAGUCAACGGUUGGAUUUCAUAUGUCUGUUUAUGGCAUUAUGGAUGGAACUUUUGGUUCUUGUUUCAACAGAUGCGGCAAUAAUAAGAACAAUAUCAUAUUGUCUCGACGCGAUGUCUGGAGGUUUAAUAAGAAUUUACAUAUUAGGACGGGGUUCUAGCUUGAGUGAGCCAUGGCCUGACGUUUGCGGAGUUGUUGUUGUCUUCAUCGUUUCAUUUAUGUUUAUUAUGGGAUUAGAAAAUUCUAAAAUCUUUACAAUUUUAAUGAUAACAGGCGUUCUAAGUAUAUCCGCAUUAGUUGCUGUCAUAACAUACGUUCGAGGUAGUACAGACUCUUGGAAUAAUGAAGGAUCCUUUUCACAUGAUAUGUCUGGUAUUUUAUCUGCUUCUGCGUUACUUAUUAUGUCAUUUCCGAAUAGCCUACCAACAGGCGAACGACAUCCGAAAAUUAAAGCUGCUUUAUUAUCCUUUGGCAUUUUAUUGUCCAUUUUAUUAAUAGCUGGCUGCCUAUCGACAUUGAUAACAAUUAGCAAGUCGUCACAUGAUUACGAAACAGUGCCAAUAUUACGAAUAUUGGAAGUAAAAAACCUUCACAAAUUGAUUCCAGCGAUAAGUUGUUUGUACAUAAUAUCAUGUUCGGGAAUUCUCCUUGAAUUAUUUCCCGAAACAUUUAAUAUUGUUGUACGGCUUGCAACAUCUGAAUGGAAAAUUUUAUUAAAACAAAUUGGCUAUGAGAAUCGUGAAACUGGCAAUCCAUCGUUAGCUAUUUUUGUGUCUGGCAGUUUAAUUGCGAUUUUAACAUUCGCAUGUCCUCUACAAAAUUUAAUUUUCAUCAUUGCCGGCGCUCAACUAUGUCAUGGAAUCUUAGUUGCAAUAUUUUUCUUAUAUUCUCCACACCGACCAAAAGUUUCAGAGACAAAACAAGACUCAACAUUAGCAUAUAGUCGUCUUGACACCGGAACUUCGAAGACCACAAAGUCAACGGCACCGAAAAGAUCUGCAACGUGGUUUCUUAAUAAAGCUGUUCCGUCCCUUAGCAGUCAAAGCUUAUCAAAGUCAAUAAACAAGUUAAAUAAGAAGCAUUCAAAAAAGGAAGAACGUGAAUGGCUUUUACUGGCAGAACCAUCAUCACCUGUUGUUAGAAAUGCUCAAUACGAUGAAGAAUGUAAUGCAGAAUCGUCAAUUUUAAGUGAUACGACAACCUCAGAUAUAGAUUGUAUUAUGAAGGCUGAACAACAGUUAGAUACGGAGACCUCUGAGGAAGAAGAGGAUAUUGAUAGUAUUGUAGAAGAAUUUCAGCAAAAAAUUAAGAUAUCUACAACAGGCUUAAAAGAUACAGUGUUGAAACUACCAACAAUAAAUUCAUGGAGAUUAAGUAUGUUGUGUAUGGCCGUAAUAUUCAUCACAUGUGUCUGUGGGUGCUAUGGAGCAAAUAAUGGAAAUUUAAUUUAUAUUAUAAUUUCUUCCAUAGUAAUUUUAAUCAUAAGUUUCAUAAUGUUAUGGAUACCUAAAUAUAUACCUUCGUAUUCAACACCAUCAUCAUUUACUUGCAUAAUUUUCAUCUACGUCAGUUCUAUUCUACUUUCUUCCAUAAUGUUUGAUAGCUGGUUAGCUAUUAUAUUUUGGUUUAUAUCUGGAAUUAUUCUUGUUCUACAGUCGCUAAUAAAAUGCGACAUAUUUUGCUGUUUAUGCUUAGACUAUCCACAUAGUUCAGCACAAACAACAAUUGUCAUGGAAGAGCACAUUAUUCCAAAUGGAUCAAGUAAUAGCUUAGCUGCAACAUCAAUUAGAAUCAAAAACCCACCGAAAGGACUCUCGGUAGUUAAUCACGUACAAAAGUAUAGAUGACAUCAUAUCGAUAGUGAAUCAGAUACAGAUAGUGAGUACUACGAAGAAGACACGGUUGAGGAAUGGACUGACUAAACUUUUUAUUAUAACAUUGUGAUGUAAAAUCAAUAAUGCGUAAAGCUAUAGUUUCACUCUUGGGUUUGUUCACUUAUGAUGUCGUCCAAGAAUUACUUGGUUUGAGAGCUUUGCAAUUGGUUUAAAUAAAAACACUUUUGAGAGUAGAGGGGAUUGAAAAUUCAAGUUUUGAGGGACGUCAUAGAUAAACGAAUCCAUAAGAAGAUGAACAAUAUUUUUGGAGAGGAAAUUGGAACAGUAUUAGAUAGAUAAAGAUUUAUGAAACGAAAAUGUCUUAUAACGAGAAAAUCUCAAUUAUUUUUCAAUACUUUAUCGAUUUUAUUGUGACAGUAUAUACCAUAAUGUGGACAUAAUGGAUACUCAUGAGUGUUCUUGAAACGAAGUUGAAAUUAAUGUUAAACAAUGUCAAUUUUUUUUUCUAAAUGUUAUAAACAUUUUACAUUUAAGAAGCAAUGAAAUUCAAUUUCUGUUCCUUUAAGCAAUUCAUGUAAUGUAAAAAACUUUGAAUAAAAACUUUUAAUUCCAAAAAAACAUAUUUUAAGACA